AUGAAGCUGUACCAGAAGAACCUUCGCCAGGUGGCACAAUCGAGAGGAGGUGUCCUUCCCGAAGAAGAUGCUAUCAGAUAUGCGAUUGAUGUGAGCAGAGCCAUGUGGGGUAUUCACCAUCUGGGAAAGCUCCACCUUGACUUGAAGCCUGAGAACAUUCUCUGGGACGAGGAGACCGAUAGCGUGGUUGUCUCUGACUUCGGGGUCACCCAGACCAUCACUAAGACAAUUGCUACUCUUACUCAGUACAAGGGAACUCCAAACUACUCGUCCCCUGAGGCUUUUGACGAGCACGUCAGCUUCAAGAGUGACGUGUGGAGCUUCGCCUGCACUUUCCUUGAGAUGGCUACGGGGAAGCAGCCAUGGCAGGGGCUCACGAUGGUGCAGAUAGCAAGACGAGUGGCAGUGGACAAGCUGAAGCCUGACGGCAUCUCUGACCUCUCUCCCAGCCUCUCAGAUCUGCUCGAUCGCUGCUUCUCCCAUGACGCUGGGGAGCGGCCAAGU